AUGGCUAUGAGAUCUUUCUCGCUUCUUGGCCUGCUCGGCUUGUCGGGCUUCGCAGCCGCAGCAGCAGGUAUCAAUGACUUCGACUGGGAUUCAAUCACGCCCAGCCGUAAGCUGGAAUACCACCCGUGCUACGAGGAGCUCCAGUGCGCGAGACUGGUCGUGCCGCUGGACUGGCUCGACGACACCAAUCUGCACACCGUCGCCGUCGCCAUCGCGAAGCUGCCGGCUAAGGUCCCGGACGACGACCCCGCCUUCGGCGGCACCAUCUUCACCAACCCGGGUGGCCCUGGCGGCUCCGGCAUUGGCUUCUUGUUGCGCGAGGGCCACAUCCUCCAGGACGUCGCCGAUGGCAACCGCUCCUAUGAGAUCCUGAGCUGGGACCCGCGUGGCGUCGGCUUCACCAGCCCCAAGGCCGACUGCUACGGCGACAUCGCAACCCGGGACGUCGCCGAGCUGCAGGAGAAGGCCAUUGGGCCCCUGGACGCGAGCGAGGAUGCACUGAAGAGGCACUGGGCGAGGACCCAGGCCUAUGGUAAGUUGUGCGCCGACAGCGCAGUGAACGGCUCCAUCCUGCCGUUCCUGACCACGCCAUCGGUGGUAAGAGAUAUGGUGGCAAUCCUGGACGAGAUCCAUGAGCUGCGCGACACAGAAAGCCGGUCGGCGGAGGCGACUGAUGGUGGUGACGGACAGAAGCGCUUGGAGCUGAGGAAAGCCGAUGUUCCUCGGAUCCAAUACUGGGGCUUUUCAUAUGGCAGUAUAUUGGGAAACACGUUCGCGUCGAUGGAGCCAGGUCGCGUCGGUCGACUAAUUAUUGAUGGAAUUUCCAAUGCCAAUGACUACAUGGCUGGUACUUGGCUGAAGAAUCUCCAAGAUACAGAGAAGAUCGUGGAGUACUUUUAUGAAUCGUGCUUUGAGGCAGGUGACAAGUGCGCACUGAGGAAGCCAUCUGACUCCAAAUGGGAGGAUCUCAGGACGCGAGUCGAUGAUUUCAAAGCCCAGGUGGCUGACGUACCAAUCUCGGUCUUCAACGACAAGCGAAUCGUUGUGAUCUCUGCGACCGAGAUCUUGACCGCCUUCCGCCGGCCUGUGUACGACCCCCUGAAAUCCUUCGCUCGCCUGGGCCAAGUCCUCAGUGAUGCUCUCGAAGGCAACUAUACCCUCCUUCUCGAGGACAUCGACUCAGUGGGACCCAAGCUCCACGAUGUCUGUUCGCUGCAAAACAGCUCUACCAUCGCCACCAUCAGCGACAAGGACGCCAGCCACAACAUCAUGUGCGGCGACGGCGAGGAUGCCACCAAGCUGGGUCUGCCAUACUUCAGGGACUACAUCCAGGAGCUCAAGGGCCAGUCUGAGACCCUGGGCUGGUACUGGGCCACGAUCCGGUUUGCAUGCUCGGGCCUGGCCAUCCGGCCCAAGUGGCGCUUCACGGGCCCGUUCACGACGCCUGAGCACGACGCCUCCAUCGUCGAGGGCCGGCCCGCAGCGCCGCUGCUCUUCUUCUCGACUCGGCUCGACCCUGUCACGCCGCUGCGCAACGCCGUAGCCAUGGCCGAAAACCACCCGGGCGCCGCCUGGGUCGUCCAGGAGUCGACUGGCCAUUGCGCCCUCUCGACUCCCAGCGAGUGCUCCAAGAAGAUCGUGCAGGAGUACCUGGAGUUUGGCACCGUUCCUGAGAGCGGAACCUCUUGCCAGCCUGACUGCGAUCCCUGGAACCCGUGCGAAGAGGACAAAUUGGCAAUGAAAGUUAAUAUUGCGGAGCAUAUUGCGUGA